GAUAAUCAUGAAUAUACAAGACAUCCGGCGUUCGCCCUUGCUGAGCCAAUUAGCUUGGCUUCAGACUACUUGCCCUACAUAGAAGAAGGAGUAUGGUGUCUUAUGGAUAACAUGUCUCCGAACAUCAAAACCGAACUUGCGGUCAAACAACUACAGACACAAGCUGUAAUUAUUUUCUCCGAAGAAUAUAUUGAACGUGCACAAGAAGCUCGUUCCAUUGUUUCAUGCGGCUUUUUGCAAAAUGAUGACAAACAAGCUCCACAUGACGAUCAGAAUGAUAUUCCCAACGAUCAGAAUGCUAUUCCCAAUGAUCAGAAUGCUAUUCCCAAUAAUCAGAAUGCUAUUCCCAAUGAUCAAAAUAAUAUUUCUGAUGAUCAGAAUGAUAUUUCCGACGAUGUUGCUUUAGCUAAGGAUGUUAUUCUAAAAAGGAGACCAUCCGAAAGUAGUGAGUCAGAAAAUGACGAAGAAGGCAAUAUAUCUCCAUGCGAAUUGGCAAGUAUGAGGGUCGAAGAUCGCCAUCGACUAUUAUACAAAGAUAAAGAUUACACUGAUGAUGAAGCUGAUGAAAAUUCUGAUGAAGAGCAAAGGAAAGAAAUCGAUGAAAGUUUUAAUUCGAUGGAUAAAAAUAAAAUGUGGAAGUUAUCAUCUGGCCGUUAUGUAGAAGUGGAAUUAUAUGAGUUAGGAAAGAAGUUAGAUUACGAACAUGCGAUACAUUCUUUUAUAUUGGAUGUUGAAGAUGAUAUUGUGUUGAAUCAUUUUUACGAAGAGGAGAUAGAGGAAAUAGAUCAGGUAUCGGGUCCUGCCAUUCCUGAGUUGUCUGAAAACACCGAUUUGCAUGAAAUUAGGAAAAUACUUAAAGAAAUUACCUUUGAUGACCAAUAUAAUAUUAAAAAUGAUCAUAACGUUGAUUAUAUCAUUUUUGCUAUACACGAAAUAGAAAGUGGAAAAUUAUGUGACAACAACCUCGAAUCAUGGUUUAAUGUUCACAUUUGGAAUUUAGUAUUUGAUCAAGCGUUUGGAAACGUGAAAAUUAUUUCCGUUGGGGAAAGUUCGGGAAUUGCCAGCUCAAUCCGUAAAAAUAAAAAUAGAAUGAUGGGUACAAAUCGUAGAAUGGGUCGUAGAGGCGAUUGGAUUUUAAGAUUAACUGGUAAAGGCGAUAAUAAUGAAUUUGGAGGUGGUGAAGCAGGACAUAGCUGGAAGGACAAAUAUGGUACUAAGUUUUUAAAGGAAUCUAGCACAAAACUUCCCAAAAACUUAAAAGAUAUGAUUAUGAAGUUAAUGGAGAAGGUUAAAUGGAAUCCAGCCAAAUACAAUAAAAUCCAAACGGUUGGAAUUAUUCAUGCCGGGCUAAUAAUGGUAAUGCUUUAUCUCGACAACCCCAAGGGAUAUAUUUGCAGAAUUCGUCGCAGUGAAUUAAUGGAGGUACCGGACACACCAGAAAAGUUUCCAUCAAUUCUUAUUAUAUUAGCGUCUGUUCUUAAUUUAAAG